AUGAAGCAAGACAUUGCUCGAUAUGUUAAUCAUUGUAAAAUCUGUCAGCAAGUAAAAUAUGAUCAGCAGAGGCCUUCUGGCUUCAUGGGGUCUUAUCGUGGGGUUGCUAAGCCCUUUGAGAUGAUUAGUACUGACGUCCUCGGACCGCUUCCAAGAUCUUCUGCGGGCCACAAGUACUUAUUCGUCGUGAUGUGUACAUUUACAAAAUUUCCUUUGUUGUUUCCCUUGAGGGAGAUUACUGCGAGCACCAUUGCCAAGCAACUGGAGGAUGACGUGUUCAUGCUUUUCGAAGUCCCUUCCUACAUAAUCUGUGACAAUGGGUCAGAGAUUAGAGGAAAGCAAGUCCAAGAACUAUCCAGGAGUUAUAAUAUAAAGCUCUUGUACAAUGCAAGGAGGCAUGCUCAAGCCAAUCCGAUCGAACGGGUUAACAAAACUUUAGGACCCAUGCUUAGGGCUUACAUUGGAGAGAACCACCGCCACUGGGACCGUAACAUAGCUAAAUACGGAUUUGCUCUCAGGUCGGCAAAACAUGAAGCCACCAGCUACAGUCCUGCAUACCUCAACUUUGGACGAGAGUUGAUCGCUAUCAAUGAAGAUGCGGAUCCAACCAACUCAUCGGAAGAAGCUUCCCAAGUAGAAGAAUCUUCGGCGUAUGGAGAUAGGUGGAAGGAACUGAAGAAUAUCUACAAAGAUGUUAAUGGAAAGCUUCGGGAGGCUCAUGAGAAACAAGCAGAAAGGUAUAAUCUACGAAGAAGAGAGGUAGUCUUCAAGGAAGGAUCCUUAAUUGGUUCUAAAGAGAAACUUUCCCAUAUCUAA